AUGUCUCGUAAUCUGUCAGCCAAAAUAUUGAUACAAAGAGUGAUUAAGAGCCGAAAAUUCAUAUGUUAAUUUUUAGUCGUUGCUGCUCACAAUACGUCCAUUAAUUCAACAAUAAUUGUAUUUUAUCUUUUCAAAUAAGUACAGACAUUUAUACAGGCAAAGCGAUGUAUUCAUUGUACGAUAUGUAAAGGGAUAAAUUGAUUUGAUAAAAGUUCUUUGAUCUCAGUCAGUCCUCAAAAAUUCUCACAGUAUAUUGUUUGGAGAUGGAUUAUAAAUGCCUUUGGGUAUUGUAGAACAGCAUAUCAACAACCAAUAUUCAUCAAAAAAAGGGAAUAGAUUAAGAAGCUUUAAAAAGUAGUUACACAAGACUCACAUUUUUUUUUGUGAUUGGAAUGCAUUAUGAUCAGAUAAAGUAUCGGGUAGUAGAAGUUGUAUUCUACAACUUAAAAGUAGCACUAUUUUAUUUGAUUAUUUAGAGACAAACUAUUUAGAAUUUAGCAUACAUCACGUUUAUACUGAAAAAGGAGAAUAUAAAAUGA